AUGUCAUUCUGGAGAACCGUCGCCGCUGUGGUAGCUCCUUUUACUUCCGAUACCUAUAUGAAUACUGCCGAUAGUUUGUUUGUCAUUAUUGUUACCCUUCUAACUGCAAUCGGAUUCUGUUUGAAUCUGUUAUUACUGUUUCUGAUUCUCUGGAAAAGUCCGAGAAGUUUGACACCCUACCGUAUAUUUCUGGCGAACACUACUAUAACUCAAUUGCUUUUUGCUUUAUUUUCAAUAACCAGUCAACCGAGAGUUCUCUCAAGACACCAAUAUACGAUUGUUAUUUAUCUGGGACCAGUGCAGUACUUCGGUGAAUGGUUCAGUUACAUGUCCUACGUGGGAAUACUUCACCUAUCACUGAACUCAUUUAUCUCUUUGAUGCUCUCAAUGAUCUAUCGCUACUUCUCGAUUCGGUUUCACAGAUUCUCAGUGAACGUCUCUCUUAUUUUAUGCAUUAUCGGAUACUCAAUCCCAUUUCUAAUCUAUGCCAGUUGUUCUCAUAUCGUCACUUCCUCUUCAAUCUCUAUCAACAGGGCAAUACUCGAUGGUUUGGUUGAAAAUCUCGAGAGCUAUCACAUGGUUGUCUCCACAAAUAUUUCCAACCAGCUUCCCCUCAUUAUUCUGAUUUUGGCAGUAACCUUUGGCCUAAUCCCUAUUUAUUUCGUGAUGUAUUGGUGUCGACAUCAGAUCCACAAGACGUUGAAACAGACGAGAUCAGUGCAUAGUCCGUCUACAAGAGAUAAUGCAAGAAGAUUAGUUCACGCUCUGACCAUUCAAUCAAUUAUUCCACUGGUCUCCGUGUUCCCAGCAUCCACAUUUUGGUGCCUAGCUCAAUUGGGAAUUGUGGAGCCUACAGCCUACAGCUACUUCAUUAUUCCAUGUCUGUCAUUGGGAUGCAUUGCUGAUCCAUUAGUAACAAUCCGAUGUGUUCUUCCAUAUCGAAGAUGGAUUCUCAAACUGUGUCAUCGGACGACCUCGGAUAUGACUACUUCGAAUCAGGAUAAGAGUACCAUUUUUCAAAGAAAUUGA